GACGAGUGGCCCUGUAUGUGACACCUCGACCUACCUACACCAUGGCAGCUCGCUCACUACUCUUAACUGCUAAUUAACUGGAGCUGCACAGGCCAGCUGCUGCCCCGGCCGGCGGCAAUCAGAUCAGAUUCAGCCACGGAGGAAGAGGGCCUCCGAAUCUCUCCCAUCCUGUGCUCCAUCCACAGCGCGAGUACAUCUCCUCCUCUAUCAGAUGAAACGUUCUCUUUAAGAAGCGGCGGCGCAUGCUUUCCGCUGUCGAAGCAAAGUUGCUAAAUUCCAUGAGAGUGCAAUCCAGGCAAGAACUGAUGUAUGUAUGUAUAGGAAGUUGAGUCACCAUAUUUGCAUUCUAUCUAUCGUCGUACUCCUCUGCUGCUUCACAAGUAUUACUGCCGAGCACCAACGUCUGUGGCUCACAUGGAAGCAGCAGCAGAUGAGGAGAAGCCACUACUGAUUCACUCUCAGGAUGAAGGUUCACAAUAUACAAGUGAUGGAACAGUUGAUAUCAACAAGCAGCCUGCUAGCAGGCGUAGCACAGGGAACUGGAGAGCAUGCUACUUCAUUUUGGGUGCUGAAUUCACCGAGGGAAUCUGUUUCUUUGGGAUCCAAAAGAAUUUGGUUACCUACCUCACGAGCGUGCUGCACGAGAGCAAUGUCGACGCCGCGAGGAACGUGUCGACUUGGAUCGGCAGUUGCUUCUUCACACCGCUUCUCGGAGCCUUCUUGGCCGACACAUACUGGGGGAGAUACCGGGCAAUAGUAGUCUUCCUCUCGGUCUACACCAUUGGGAUGCUGGUUAUGACACUGUCAGCGUCGCUCCCGGUGCUGAUGCCAUCUUUCAGCACCAUCGAAAUCCAGCGUGCUGCGGUCUACCUAGGGCUCUACCUCGUCGCCCUGGGGACCGGCGGCAUCAAGCCGUGCACGUCGGCCCUCGGGGCGGACCAGUUCGACAGCGCUGACCCGGUGGAGCGGGUGACCAAGGGCUCCUUCUUCAACUGGUACUACUUCCUGGUUAACGUCGGCUCCCUGCUGUCGACCACCGUGCUUGUGUGGGUGCAGGACAAUGUCGGGUGGGGAGUCGGGUACGCGAUCCCGAUGGUGUUCAUGGGCUUCGGCCUCGUCGUGUUCGUCUCCGGCAGGAAGGUUUACAGGUACAAGAAACUGGGUGGAAGCCCUCUGAAGAGGUUGUCACAGGUAGUCGUCGCCGCCGCAAGGAAUUAUCGUCUCAAGUUGCCUGAUGAUGACUCGGCCCUGCUGCUGCAUGAGGAGGAACUGCCGCCGAGUCAGGCGAAUUGCAGCACUGAGCGUACCAGUCAGUUCAGGUUCCUUGACAAGGCCGCCAUUGUAGUACCACCAUCUUCCGGCAAGGCUGUGGAGACGAUGGACCCAUGGAGGACGUGCACGGUGUCGCAGGUCGAGGAGCUGAAGAUGCUGCUGCGGGUGUUCCCCGUGUGGGCGUCUCUGCUCUUCUUCUUCGCGGUCACCGCUCAGAUGUCGUCGACCCUGAUCGAGCAGGGCAUGGCCAUGGACCAACACGUCGGCCGGUUCACGGUCCCGCCGGCCUCCCUCUCGACGUUCGACAUCCUCGCUGUCGCGGCCUUCAUCCCCGUCUACGACCUCGUGCUGGUGCCGCUCGUGCGGCGUGCCACCGGGAGGGACCGGGGCCUCUCGCAGCUGCAGCGCCUCGGCGUCGGCCUCGCGCUGUCCGUGCUUGGCAUGGCCUACUCCGCGUCGGUCGAGAUGAGGCGGUUGGCGGCGGCCAGAGCCGGCCGGAGGGUGAACAUCAUGUGGCAGACUCCGUCCUAUGUCGUGCUGGGUGUGGCCGAGGUGUUCACCAGCGUCGGCAUCAUGGAGUUCUUCUACGACGAGUCCCCGGAGUCCAUGAAGAGCAUGGGCGCGGCGCUCGCCCAGCUCGCCAUCUCGGCCGGGAACUACCUCAACUCCGCCGUGCUGGGCGUGGUCGCGUCGGCGACGGGGCGUGGCGGCGCACCCGGGUGGAUCCCGGAUGACCUCAACGAAGGCCACCUCGAUUACUUCUUCUGGAUGAUGGCUGGUCUCAGCGUGCUGAACCUGUUGAUGUUCAUCUACUUCUCGCUGAGAUACAAAGGCUAGAGAUUGUGAGUGUACUUUCUGUUUCUUUCACUAGGCUGAAAAUGUAUCUUUGGAAAGGAACUAACACAUCCAGAUUUGGUAUCCUAUGAAGCUCUCAUCUCUAUGGAUAUAGCAAGGCGCUCCUUGCUAUAUCCAUAGAGAUGAGAGCUUCAAAGGAGGGAUAUUUGAAUUACAGAUAUAAUGUCAGUAUGCAAGAAAAAGGAUCACUUCAGUGCAAA